AUGAGUAAAGAUAAAAAGAACUCGUCGUCGCAUGUCGACUGGGAGACGCCAUCAGACGAACAACAAACUUUUGGGAGUCAAUCACCCUAUGCUUUCACAGCCUCUAUUCCAGAUAGCAAUGUUCAUCAACCAUCGCCCAUAGCGCCCCAAGUGCCCUAUCAGAUCCCAACGGAUGCUCCACCCAUGUAUUCAAAAGAUCCAUUCCCAGGACCGCCAGCACUCAUUUCACCCACCGUACCUUCUGCACCUCCAGGCCCUACAUCUGUCGGUCGACACCCACAACAAUUCACUCCUACGCCUGAUCCUCCACGGAGCAACCUCCCGUAUGAUGAAAUAGAAGCUGGCCAUCAGCAACCGCAGUAUCGGCAACCUUUACUUAAUCAAUCUCUUGGUGGUACUAUCGAACCUGCCAAUUAUGGCGCGACUUAUAAUAACCCUUAUCCCAACAGUAACAUCAGUGCUUCCAACGACAGUCCAGCAAAGGAGUCGCUAACUGAUGUCCAACUCUUUACUGCUACUCCUGAUUUUGCACUCAGGGUUGAGGCAAUUGAUGACAUUGUUGGUAAUGUGCUUGUGAAAGAAUCCAGUUCAACAAGAGAUAAGGAUAUCCGUGUGCAAAUUGUGCUGCGUGCCUCUUCAACCGAAUUCUUGAAUCAGCUGCAGUCGACUAUUGUUCAUGGUGGAAGACGAGAGACUGGAUAUGUGAGAGUCGGCAUUAGGGACUCUAAGAACGAGGAAGUUAAAAAGCGUAUCAUUCAUGGCAACUGUGCCCGUGCAGAUAUCGAGAUCGCCUAUCCACGCGCUUAUCAGGGCACUGGAAAGUUGGCAUUGAGAGGUAUAAGCGGUAAAUUUAUCAUGAAGAUGGAUCCCUACUCUCGUGUCGUCCCUCUUGCAGGUGAAGGUAGCUUUUACAAUAGCUCCUCUUCAGGAUCAAUAAUUUCGACGGCUCCGACGCCAAGCUUUAAAGAAAUCAUGCUAGAGCUCACAAAUGGUGAUAUCCGUUUAGAGGGCAUUGAGGUUCUUGACAAUUUUUACGCAGUGACCACGAAUGGACAUAUCUCUGGAGAUCUGAAAACUUCUGGAAGUCUCGUCGCAAAGGUCGUCAAUGGUGAGGUAAACCUUGCUAUCGACUCGGAUCCAACUACCCCACCAGCCAUACCUACACCAGGUACAAAAAAGCUAACGGUAGACAUUAGCACUGUCAAUGGCCAUAUUGACCUGAACUUGAUACGUCGAUUCUUAGGCCGCUUCUCCAUAUCCUCGUCCUUUGGUCGAACAUCGAUUGAACAACUCAACAAUGAAAGCAACAAAGAUAGGAUCGGCUAUGAAUCCAAGAACGGGUCUAAGAUGAACGGGUGGAUCUCCGAAAGUGGUCAGGAGCCUCAGACUUCAUCCCCACAUCUGAACCUCAAUUCUGACCAUGGCAACAUUAAGAUUAGAGUCAACACUCAAAAGAAGUAG